AUGGGUGAAGUUCAGGACACCAAGGAUUUUAAGAAGACUUUUAUUGCGCCGGCAAUUAAACCUUUCGACCACUAUGACUUCUCACGGGCCAAAAUCUGCUGCAGCCUCACAUGGCUUGUGUCAAAGGCAUACGGGACAGAGAGUGUCCCUGCAGACCUAAGAGAUCCAUUCUACACAGAUCAGUACGAUCAGGAGCACCUAAAGCCCCCCAUGGCCAGCCUCCUCCUGUCUGCAGACCUCUACUGCAGGGCCGGCAGCCUCAUACUGAAGAAGAGCGAUGCAGCCAAACCCCUGCUAGGCCACGAUGCCGUCAUCCAAGCCCUAGCCCAGAGGGGUCUCUACGUCACGGACCAGGAACGGCUGGUCACAGAGAGGGAUCUGUGCAUGAAGCCCCUGCAAAUGAGUGCCCACCUGGCGAUGAUCGACACGCUAAUGAUGGCGUACACCGUGGAGACGGUGAGCGUAGAGAAGGUGAUGGCAUGUCUACUUCAGUACUACCCCAACGACCCUGAGACCCCGUACGACACGGAGGACGCGGUCACCACCUGGAUUAACAGGGUGAACGAGUACCUGAAAGACGUGAUCGCUCAGGAGCAGAGGAAAAAAGAGACGCAGAGCACCGAGCCUGCCGGGAGCCCACGGUCUCCAACCAAGUGGUACAUGAAGCUUGUGCCUGCUCGCUACAGGAAGGAGCAGACCACAACCCAGUCCACUCCUUGGAUCCCACCAGUGGACAACCUACUUAAGGACAGCAUAGACGGCUCGGCCCUGGCCGCCCUGCUCCACUUCUACUGCCCACAGCUGCUACCACUGGACGAUAUCAGUCUGAGGGAGAAUAUGUCGCUGGCAGACAGUUUGUACAACCUACAGCUCAUCCAGGACUUCUGCAAGGACAACCUCAACAGCUGCUGCCAUUUCAGUCUGGAGGACAUGCUUUACGCUUCCUCUACCAUCAAGAAUAACUACCUGGUGUUCAUGGCAGAACUUUUCUGGUGGUUCGAGGUAGUAAAGCCAUCUUUUGUUAAACCAAGAACCCUGGACAACGAAGCCACAAAGCCAUCGUCCUUGUUGAAGAACUUGCCAUCAAUACCCAUCUCAAAGGCAACUAAGAGGAGCUUCAUCGAAAAACCUCCCAGCCCUGAGAGACCCAGUUUGCCCCUCCAACCCAAACCACACAACUCAGGUGAAAUCAAGAGAUCAACGUCAAUGUCCUUCGUGGAUGGCAACAUUGGAACCUGGCCUAAAGAGAAAAGAUCAGGGCCUUAUGGUGUAUCUUUCGACAUCCCCUUUGAUAAAGAAGAUUGUUCUCCCACCGCUCCACCCUCCACCCGUGGCAUGAUCAGGUCUGCCAGCACUGAUGACGGCUCAGGUUUCAAUGUUCACAUCUUGCCUCGUGGCAUGAAGCGCAACCUGUCCUUUCAGCCGGUCAAUGGGCAGAACAUUGGUAUUGAGGAGGAGGGCCGCCCAGACAGCCUGGCAGGGAUGGAGCCUGACAGGCGUCCUACUGGCAAAGCCUUUCCCAAUGGACACGGCCAUGACAUCCCUACAACUCCCUCAAUGGAGGAGGCUCUCCAGAUAAUACAAAGCCCCAGCAGACCCCCAACAGAGGGGAUCAACAAUGGCUUCUUUCUCCACAGUCAGGACUGCGGGCCCAGCAGUAUCGGUGGGCUGGAGCCGGUGUCAGAGUCAGACUCCAAAGCGGCUCUGAGCGCCACAGACACUACAGAGGUUGAUACAGGCAUCCACGUGCGAACAGAGGACAUGUUGGACGAGGACUCCUCAUUGAAAGACUACUCGGUGAACAUGGAGCUGGAUAUGGAUACGCCAAGCCCCUGCCCGAGUGGCCACAGCAAAUCCCCAUCAUCAGUGAAGAUGACCAGCUUUGCCGAGCAGAAGAUGCGGAAACUCAACCCUCCAGCAACAGACUCGGGACGGGGUAGCAGCAGUGGCGGUGGGAGCUCCCUUAAAACCACCCCUGAAGGCUCUGAGUUUGGUCUGCCACUGUCAGUUUCCUGGGCCCCAACCCCUGAGCACAGCCCAGUGCAUCAACAAACAUUCCCAUUCGUACCUAGUCAAGCCCCACUUAAACCCAUGCAACUGCUGCCCAACGAUCCUGCCCAGGCAAUGGCUACUGAGAUGGUGCAGCUGAGGAUGCGACUGGAGGAGAAACGGAAAGCCAUUGAAGCCCAAAAGAAGAAAGUGGAGGCCGCGUUUACCAGACAUCGCCAAAGGAUGGGCCGCUCAGCAUUCCUCACAGUGGUCAAGAGAAAGGGGGAUGGGGCUGCCAGCGGAACAGAGGAGGAAGGGGGAACAAUUGAAGAGGAAGGCAAGACCAGAAGUUCCAACUUCAGAACCGGGAGAGGCAAGGCUGACACCCCUGAUGGAGCAGAGCAAUGCAGCGAAGGCUCCCGUUGGCUGAAGUCACCUGGGGCAGGAGAGGAGGGUGGGCCAAGUGCAGGUCAGCCAACUGAGGUGGACCUAACGGAGUACACACGUUCUAUCGAGAAACUAAAUCACUCCUUGGCUUUCCUUCAGACUGAGAUGCAGAGACUGGCCCAACAGCAAGAAGUGAUCAUGGCCAUGAGGGAGCAGCAGCAGGCGUGGGUCAUUCCGCCUUCACACACAAACCCUUCCCCACAAAAACAGGGCCGAGCCACAGCUGUGACCCGAUCUUCAGGACCUUCAUCCCCUGCUGACUCACCUCGUUCAACGCACCGUUCGCCAACCAGCAUCAAACACAAGUCUGCCUCUUUCCAUUCCCGUAACCCACGCACCCCUCGCCCAAAUGAGCUCAAACUGGCCCCCUACAAUCGAGUCCUUACCGCCCCGCAAUCUGUGGAUAGCAUCCCCAGGCUACGGAGGUUCUCUCCCUGCCAACCCCUGGCAAACUCCUUUGUUUACAUGGGGGAGAAACCAGCAACUGUAAACCAGGAGGCCGCAGCCACAGAUGGGAAGUGGAUCAAGGAGCCAGACACACUCCUCUCUCCAGAAGAGGAGAGUGUCGGUGUCAGUGCAGUCAACCCACUACCCAGCUCCCUAGCCAAACACUCCAGCCAGCUGAACAAAGCAGAGCUAAGUAUGAUUGAUGAAACCCUGCAGGACAUGAGGGUUCAAAGCCAAGUAUUCAAUCAGACUGCAGGAGAUGAAGGGAAGUUGCUUGCGGAUCUCAAACCUACAGUCGAGUCAUAUGUUUCUGAGAUUCUGUCCCAACCUGUGACAGAAACCUUCACUGUGACACCCACAGAAAGCCCACCCCAGUUGGGGGCCUCCGCCCAGGCCAAGAGCAGUCUGAUCGAGGUUCCCCUGUCAGGCCUGGAGGAGCAGCUGUUGGAGGAAAGUGAGGUGAAGCAGCAGGAUGACUUAGAAGGUGUUGAUGCUGACCAGAAGAUGUGCCGUGGCUUCUUCUUCAAGGAGGAGGGAAAGGGCAAGGACAACAUGGCCCAGAAGAGAGCAGCGUUGCUAGAGAAGAGGAUGAGGAGGGAGAAGGAGAGCCAACAGAGGAAGAUGCAGCAGGAGGCUGAACUGGAACAAAAGAAGGAGGAGGCUCGGCUGAAAGCGGAGGAGGAGCGCAUCAGGAAAGAAGAGGACAAGGCUAGGAAGGAGUUCAUCAAGCAGGAGUACCUCCGCAGGAAGCAGUUGAAACUUAUGGAGGACAUGGACACCGUCAUCAAACUGCGUCCGGCCGGCGGCGCCAAACAGAGGCGCGGCCGGCCCAAGUCCAUCCAUCGAGACAGCAUGGACUCUCCUAAAACCCCCAUCAGGACUGCUACAGGUUCACGACAGCGUGUCUUUUCAGUCUCCAGCUUGUCCCUCGCUUCUCUCAACCUGGGAGACGGUGACAGCGUUCACUCGGAGAAGAGAGCGCCGAGAAGUGCUAGCUUAGCCUCUGGCAGUCUCUUCUACUUUCUGAGCUCCCCUAAGCAGAGGAGGCGAAGGCCAGAAUCUGCAGAUGGCUUUUUGUCCCCCAGUCACUCCAGCAGCAGAAAUGGAGAGAAGGACUGGGAAAAUGGAUCCACCACCUCCUCCAUCACAUCCAACACAGAGUACACUGGGCCCAAGCUGUACAAGGAGCCCAGUGCAAAAUCCAACAAGCACAUUAUCCAGAAUGCUCUUGCCCACUGCUGCCUGGCAGGCAAGGUCAAUGAGGGGCAGAAGAACAAGAUACUCGAGGAAAUGGAGAAGUCAGAGGCCAACAGCUUCCUGGUGUUGUUUCGAGACGCCGGCUGCCAGUUCCGUUCGCUCUACACAUACUGCCCCGAGUCAGAGGAGAUCAACAAGCUGACGGGCAUUGGCCCCAAGACCAUCACGCGCAAGAUGAUAGACGGCCUCUACAAGUACAACUCAGACAAGAAGCAGUUCAGCCAGAUACCAGCCAAGACCAUGUCAGCCAGCGUGGACGCAAUCACCAUUCACAGCCACCUCUGGCAAACCAAGAAGCCAGCCACCCCUAAAAAAGUAGUACCUGCCCAGUCCUAAAGACAUAAACCACUUCCCUCUCUUUCCAUUUCCAGCUCAAACGGAGGAAUCCUUCCAAUUUGCACUUCACUGUACAUAUCCAUGAAGAUUCCAGCACCUGCAACGCCA